CCGGAUAUUAGGUCAAGAGCUCUCUGGGCGAAUCAACCGUCCCGACCGUGUUUGUCAGCCUAAGGGAUCGCUGAUACGUCGAUAGUGGACCAAGACGUAGAAUAGUAGUCAAAGAUAGUAGUAGUAGUGUAGGUGUAGUAGUAGUAGUACUCCGUAGUGCAAGUAGGUAGGUAAGUAGUAGUUUCCGGGCAGCAGAGCUGAUGAGUUGCCGAAAGGAAGGUGGCAAAUGGUCGGCGCCCGCUGCUCCUCCCGCUUUCCAGUUCCGUGAAAUUGUCUCCUAUUCGGAGGCAGCGGAGGGGGGAAGGGAACCACACCUGAGCUCUCGGAGUAAGUCAGAGGGAAGCAAUGGCACCAGACUUUUCGGCUUUGCUGUGCCUGAUAUCCUUAAGGUCACGUCACGUUGCGCGCGCGGUAUCCCAGUGUGCAGCCUCUCUCCUUCCUCUUUCUUUUUUAGGCAGAUUAGAACAAGGUUGUCCACGCUGCAGAAGCUGGAUCAACUCUUUCGAAUACACCGGCCAAGUACUCCGUAUAAUAGACGUAAGAUAAUCUUGGACUUCCUGAAGAGCCUGCUCUCCUUCUUCUGUUUCUGUCCUUUCCGGCUUUCCCAAGCAAUCCUUUUUAACAAAUAAAAGCCUUGUGUUUGUAUCCUUGUCCUUGUUCACUCUUCUCUCCUGCCAGCUUCACUUUCUCCCGUCUUCUUUCUUUUUGGCAAAAGGCAGCUGAGGCAAAAUCACUCGUACUGCCUGUCCUGGGUGGACCUUUUCUUCUUAUUCUGUCUUAAAAGAUGAUAAGAAAAGGUGUUAUACAAAGAACCACUCGGGACUGCAGCUUAGCAGCAUAGUCAUUUGCUUUACGAGGAAGGGUGGAAGGGAUAGGGAUGGGGGGAGAGGGAGGGUGGUUG